AUGGCGGAUUUCCACAUCCAAGAGACUGCUCGAAGUGUGUUUGCCCGAGUGGAUAUGGUGGAAAGCGUUGCAUUGAAAGAGUUGAAUAUAGAUUUAAAAGCACUUGACAAAACAAAAUUCACACGGAGAUUCAUUUUCCAGCCAAAUGGCUGCGGUGAGGUGCUGAGAGCUAAAACGUCAUUCCAAACACUUACCGAUAAAGUUGGUCAGCCGGAAUAUAAGCCUGGUCGCAAUAACGAUGAAUUUAUUUGGUGUUACUAUUGGAUAAAGGCACCAACCGGUUCAACGAUUGAAGUGAGAUUCGACGACUAUACUAAACACGGAUUUUGUGAUGACCGACUUGCGGGAACUGCUUUGAACUCCACGUUUAACAUCGUACCUGUGAUCACAUAUGGCAGAUUGGAUAGGAGAACAACAAUCCUAAGUUAUCGAAUCGGUAACGUUUAA